AUGGAGUCCUCCAGGAAAGUUUGCGCUCCACGAGAUUGCUCUAUAAAGAUAGCGAAAUGGAAAGUUAGAAAAGGAUACAAAGUUUCACACGGCGCUGUUUUAUGCACUUAUGAUACAAGUAAUGCGAAGGGACUUAAAAUAAAGGCAACCGAAGUUGGAACGGUUGUUGACAUCUUAGUCAAAGAAGGGGAACUCUUGGAGCCAGGCUGUCCUCUGAUGCAGCUACAGUCAUGUACCCACCCUACUGUGAUGAAGGACAUGUGUGCUGACUGCGGUGCGGAUUUGAGAGAACAAGCUGGUUUGGCGGGAGAUCGACGGGCCCCAGUUUCUGCUUCUGUGGCAAUGAUCCACAGCAUCCCUGAAUUGAUUGUCAGUGAGGAGCAAGCUCUGGAACUUGGGAAAGCAGAUGAAGACCGACUUCUGAAGAACAGGAAACUAGUCCUUCUGGUUGAUCUUGAUCAGACGCUUAUUCAUACGACCAAUGACAAUAUCCCAGCAAAUCUUAAGGGUGUUAAUCACUUCCAACUUCCCCAUGGCAAUUCUCAGAUGUGGUACCAUACACGUAUUCGUCCUCAGACUCUGCAAUUCCUGGAAACUGUCUCCAAGAUGUAUGAGCUACAUAUCUGUACAUUUGGUGUUCGUAUGUAUGCUCACACUAUAGCUCGCUUCCUUGACCCAGAGGGAAAGUUCUUCUCACACCGCAUCCUGUCAAGGGACGAAUGUUUCAACCAAAACUCAAAGACAGCAAAUCUGAAAGCCUUGUUUCCUUGUGGUGAUUACAUGGUGUGUAUCAUUGAUGAUAGAGAAGACGUAUGGAAUUUCUCCCCAAACCUGAUUCAUGUGAAGCCGUACAGGUUCUUUCAGGGCACUGCUGAUAUUAACGCCCCACCAGGAAUGACAAAGACAGAGAAAGACAGUGAGCCCAUAACACACACGGUCAGGAAAGUGUCUAAGUCAGAUUCUAGGGAGGAAAAGGAAGGCAGUAAAAAAGAAGAGACAGAUGAAGAUCAAAAAUGUGUAGAUUAUAAGGAUGCAAAGGGAGAUAAUCUUUCAAAGGGUAGUAAUUUAAAGUCAGCUGAGUCAGAACUGAAAACCACAGAUGAAAAUCCCAAGUUGGAGGGUGACAUUGAAGUGACAUCUGGUACAGAUGGCAGUCAAAUGUCUGAUGGUAAUAAUGUAACAAAAGAAGGUCAAUCAAAUUGUGAAACAUCACAACAGAUAUCCAUGGAAACAGGUGACACAAAAGAAGGUACAAAAACCAGUGAUGAUAAAAAAGAUGUCAGUAAAAAAGAAACUGAUAGUGAAAAAGACAAAGCUGAAAAGAACAAUGGCAGCAGUAAACUUGAGGAGGAUGAGAACAAAAAUGAAGAAAUAGAAUGGGAUGAUGAUGAUGACUAUCUCCUGUACCUAGAAGAAAUUCUGACACGGAUCCAUAAGGCCUUCUAUGAUCUAUAUGAUCAACUACAGAAUAAGACUGUCAAAGACAAAACUGAUUAUCCAGACCUCAAAAACAUUAUCCCUUAUGUCAAACGAAAGGUGCUAAAGGGCUGCAACAUAGUAUUCAGUGGUGUUUUCCCCACCAAUAUGCCCCCAGAGAAAAGCAGGGCUUACAUUGUUGCUAAAGCUUUGGGGGCAAAUAUUCAAACAAGAUUCAUACCAAAAGAAGGAAACAACACUGAUGCAACCACACAUGUAGUUGCAGCCUUGCUUGGCACAGUUAAAGUGAGGACUGCUCAAAAAGCUAAAGGAGUGUAUAUUGUUACGCCAAAUUGGCUGUGGAGUUGUGGGGAGAGGUAUGAGAGGGUAAAUGAACUGUUAUUUGAGCUGACAGCGACAGGUUCUUCCUCUUCUCGCAAUAGUCCAGAAGUUUUCAAUCAAAAGUCGAGAAAUUCCAAACGUAAAGCUGAGGACAGUGAGGAAUUAUCCGAUGAGGAUGUUAUAAAACAGUCUGGGAAAAAAUCCAAACCAGCUGAUGCUAUCAGCAGUAGAAAAGAGAGAUUUUCAGCGAGUUACAAUCCCCUCUAUUCCUUUUCAGAUGAUGACAUAGCUUGUAUGGACAAGGAGGUGGAGGAAAUCAUGGAUGAGACUGAUGACGAUGAAUCAGAUGAAGACGACGAUGAAAGGGAUGCAAGGUUUCGUUCUAAAGUGUUGAGUUCAGAAUCUGCUCAUGAGUCAUCAAGUGAGGAAAGUAUGACAGGUGAUUUUCCGAGAGGAUGGAAGUCUAAGGACAGGAAAUCAACCUCUAAUGAAAACAGUCCAUCUCAUGAUAAGGAUCCUGAUGAUAGGUAUCAUGAUGGAGGUGAAGAAAGUGAGAAUGAACUUGAGAAAUUUGAAAAGACAUUGGAGGCCUUUGCUGAAGAUAGUGCUAGUGAAUCAGACUAUGGCGAAUCUAUUGGGUCUGUUGAUGAUGAAAUGGCGGCUGCUGUAGAGAGGGAGUUCCUGUCUCAAUAGUUGCUAGCUGUUGGCCCCAUAGACAUGAAUUGUGAUAAAAAUAUUUCAUAUUAUCUACUGCCAUACAUGUGCUAAAAUUUUGUUUUCAUUAAUUUGAAUUGAAGUUCGUAUUUUUUCUUGAUGAAGAAGAAUUACUUUUUUAAUAUCCCUGACCUCUGGGUGCAUGACUCCUUGUUACACUGCCUUGUGUCAUGUGUCAGUUUGGCUUCUUGUUACAUAUUUGGAAAGUUGUGCCCCUUUGGGAAUGCAAUGAUGUACCAGCUAGUCCUAUACUGCUAAAUGGAUUUCAACGAGUUUUCAUGCAAUAAUCCUUAGAUAUUGCAAAUGUGUGUAAUCUAUAUCAAAGUGAGUUAUUUCCCCUUUCAAAAACUUAUGCCCCUUGUACCUAAAGUACUGAAUGGAUUAUAUAUAUCCCAUAUAUACCAUUUUAUAAUUCUACGAACAACUCUGGCGUGGUGGGUGGGUAUGAGUUGGCCACCAGACGACGGUUCCAGUUUGUUUUGAUAUAAUUCUCUUUUCUUUUGUAUCGUCAGAAAUUGUUUGAUUUAUUAUUACUGAUAUGAAGAGAGGCAGCAGUAAAAAUUUUGUCAGACAUCAUAUUUCAUACAUAAUUCAUAUACCUGGUAUCUAUGACAUCAAUGACAAUCUUACUUAUAACCUACUCCCCAUCAUUAACUAUGGAUAAAUAACAUGUCCUCCUUUAUUGGUUACCUAAUUUAUAUUGUUCUAUGUUGUUGCUUUAUUUCUUAAAUAACUGAGUGUUUAUAUAUAUUAAGUAGCUUGCUCAUUCCUAGGUUAUUCAAUUUGAAUAUCUUCCAUGAAUUACUAAAUAUUGAAGUGAAAAGAAAAUUUGUUUUCAUUCCUUGGUUAUUCAAUUUGAGCCGCUCAAUUUAAGUGAAAGGUUUUUUCCUUUUCCUUCAUUGAUACUACACAGGAAUUUUAUGGACCAUGUGUAGAUGUGCAUGCAUUUUUUAUUCAGCAGAAAUUCAGUUGUCAUUUUAGCCAGGUCAUUAUACAUGGGUCCAUAAGUGCUUAGGUCAGAUUUGGUGAAACUUGGUAAAAUUGUAGUAACUUAUGAUAUUUAUAUAUCGCAUGUCAGUGAUUAGUACUUUCCCUCAUAAGUUACUAAAUUCUGUUAUAUACAUGUAUAUUAGUGACUUGUUGCUUUGAUUUCUUAUUAGUUGCUAAAUAUUGUGUAUCCCCCUUUUUUAGGUCGCCUGAGCCGAAGGCUCAUGGUGACCUAUUGCCAUCAUGAUUUGUCUGUCGUCGUGCGCUAUGCGUCGUGUGUCGUUAACUUUUCACAUAUUCGACUUCUUCUUAAGAACCACUGAAUGGAUUUUGACCAAACUUGGCACAAAGCAUCCCCAUGGGAAGCCGCUUCAAGUUUGCGAAGAAAAAAAGCAUGGCCCCAAUAGGGGCCCCAGAAGGGGGAAAAAGGGGGUAAAAUUAGGUAAAUCUUUAAAAAUCUUCUUCUCAUGAACCAACAGUCAGAUUAAGUUCAUAUUUGAUAUUUAGGGUCCUUAUGGCAUGGUAUACAAAGUUUGCGAAUGAAAAAAAAUCUGGUAAAAAACGGACCCACUAGGGGGCGCUCAAAAGGGUCAAAAAUUCAACUUUGACCGAUUUCAAGCAAAUUUGGAAGACAGCAUCCCUUAUUGAAGGACAUAUGAAAUUAUGUUGAAAAAAGUGAUAAUGUCCCCUUUAGGGCCCGUAAGGGGUAUAAAAGGGGCCAUUUAUAAAAAAAACCUUCAUUAAAUGACUACUUCUCAAGAACCAGGGAAUGGAUUUUGACCAAACUUGGCACAAAGCAUCCCCAUGGGAAGCUGCUUCAAGUUUGCGAGGAAAAAGGGCGUGGCCCUAAUAGGGGCUCCAGGAGGGGGAAAAAGGGGGAAACUUGAUACAAAUGUUCUACACAAGGUCCUGGCAAGUGUUUUUUUUAACUUUUUUGGGGCGAUUCAAAAUCCAAGAUGGCCACCCUGGCCUCUGUUUGGCUAAGACAUUAUGGACUUCCUCUCAAGAACCAUUGGGUGGGUCAUGUUCAAACUUGGUACAGAUGUUUUACACAUGGUCCUGCACAAGUGUUGUUACAUUUUUGCAACAUGUUAAAAUCCCCAGAUUAUUGACAUAUAUUCCUCAGAUGACCGUUAAGGCCCCUUGGGCCUCUUGUUUUCUUUUUUUUCUUAUUUUUUUCAUUCUUGAAAUUUUUGAAACAGUACAAAUGAUGACAUUUUUAUUCCAUACUUCAAUACAUGAAUAAAAUCAUAUUUUUUUUCAUCCUUUCAAAAUAUUGGAAGCUUCAUUUACCUUAAAUACUAAAUAGCCAGUUGCAUGUACUUUACCCUUAUACAUGUAAAAUAAAGCAAAGCAGAAAUAUUAUUUCAAGAAAUGAAAAACAUAGUGCUUUACACUGUUUUUAGAGAAAGAAAAAGAUAGAAUAUUGUGUAUUCUAAUGAGUACUAACACUAUUCCUUUUGUUUAGUGACUUUAUAUUUAUUUAUGAUGGUAAUAAUUAGUCCUGGUCAUAUCUUUUGAAUACAAUUAAUCUUGAUGACCUGGGACCACUGAUUAAUAAUAUUUAAUUGAUCACAUUAGACUUUCUUUUUGUAUACUGUAUACCAAGAUACUUUCGCUCCAGGUUAUUUUCACCCUUGUACCAUUAUUACACAAAUUCACUUCAUGUUCUUUUUGCCAUUUUGAGGGUUAUAUAAAAUGGUCAUGUAAGUGUAGCAAAUUUUUGCUCCAUCUUAAAGCUACCCUCCUUUUUAAUGGACAAAAAAAGCAAAAAUUAAACUGGGGUGAACAUUUCCUGGUACACAGUUUAUUUAAUGGAUGUCAGUUGACAGUUCAUUGGUUAAGCAGGUCCAAUAUCCUUAGUAAACUAUCAAACACAUCAGAUGUAAGUUUUCAAAUGUUAUGUUUGAAGUAGUAAUGUUUAUAAUUGUUGAUGUUUUCUAGAGGUAAAGUAACUUGUUACAUAAUGAUUUCCUGUCAACAAGACUUUGGCCAUAUUUUUGUAAUAAAAAAAAUUUUGAUCA